AUGUUUAGCUCCCAGUUGCUUAUGGUGGUCGGCUUGGCCGCUUCGAUCGUUUGUUGCUGCCCGCCUUCGUGUCCCUCUGGAUGGACCUACCUAGAGAAAACCACCAGCUGCUAUAAAGUAAUCAAAAAAGAGGGUGGACUUGAUCAAAGUGAAGCGCAGGCCCUUUGUGUCUCACUUGGCUCGAACUUGACCUCAAUUCACUCCGAUGAGGAACAUGAUUUUAUUAACGACAUCGCCGAAACGAGCGUGAAUGUGAGCACUUGGCUGAUGACGAUGACUGGAGGAGUUCGAACUGGUGGUAAAGCGACUGAUUGGAAAUGGAUUGAUGGAACCCCAUUCGAUUACACGAAUUGGGCCCCAAAGAUGCCGGAUAACGACUGGCAAACGGCGUUGCAGGUGUACACUGCGGUGGGAUAUCCCAGCUGGGAUUCAGCUUCUCUCGGACCGUAUUCGACCUCUCAUCGUCACUGGGAUGACAUCCGAGCUGAUAAAAAGUUCAUCAACGCUGUCUGCAAGAGACCGGCCACUCGUCAA